AUGGUCCCCGCCGCCUGCAUGCUGCUCUGGGCCCUGCUGCUUAGUCUGGGGCCCCGGGCGGCGGGGGCCCAAGACCCGACGUCAAACCCGACCGCCACCCCGACGACUGGGGUGCAGAGUGUCAGCUUCCGCUUUGGGGGCCCAGCCCGCAGCCGCCGGAGCACAAGCAUCACCUCCCAGAACAGUGUACCCCAGAAGGCGAAGGUAACUCUGGAGGAUGAUAAUGAUGCCCUGGCCGUUGCUGACCGUCUGGCCGCCCCGGCAGCCGCCGAGCUCCUGUCCACUGUGACAGGCACUAGCCGGUCGUCAAUGGUCGACCCCAUUGAGUAUGAGGAGGAUGGCUCCUUGGAAGAGGGAGUCGUGAUUGAUGCCAGAAAAACCACCCUCCCUGUGACUCUGUUUUCGACCCACAAUACUGCGGGAAGUUCUAGCACCACCGGGAGAGUUUUAGCCAAUAGCCAGGAUCCAGAGAUUAGGAUGACCACCGAACUGCCACCCCUCACUUCAAAGCCUACUGUGGACAUGACUACUAUGGACCUGACUCCCGAGACCACCGGGCACCAGUGGUCGACACCUGGGUCCACCCCAUCCUCGUGGCCAUCACCCUCACCCACAGCCAUGCCAUCUCCUGAGGAUCUGCGGGUGAUGCUGCUGCCUUGGGGUCCAUGGCACUGCCACUGUAAGUCGGGUACCAUGAGCCGGAGCCGCGCUGGAAAGCUGCAUGGCCUUUCUGGGCGUCUUCGAGUUGGGGCACUGAGUGAACUCCGCACAGAGCACCGGCCUUGUACCUACCAGCAAUGUCCUUGCAACAAGCUACGGGAAGAGUGCCCUCUGGACUCGAAUCUCUGUCCUGACAAUGGCUGCAUCUCUCAUACCACCUUGCUCAGCACCUCUCCACAGGUCCCUGUCCAUCUGAGACGCAGACCCAUCCUCCCACUCACUAGCCCGAGCCCUAGCCCAGCUCUUGCCUUUUGGAAACGUGUCAAGAUCGGCCUAGAGGAUAUCUGGAAUAGCCUUUCUUCAGUGUUCACAGAGAUGCAACCAGUAAGUUGUUUGGCUGAUGAGCCAGGACCUUCCUUGAUGAAUCAGAAAAGUCCCGAUGUCCCAAAUCCUGUUGCUAACACAGCCGGUGUACUUACAGCAGCUGUUGCUGACUUACCUGUUCAGUUACUGAGUCAUAACUUGCGCUGGUUAUUCUUGGCCCAUUUUGUGUUUUGUUUGGUGCGUUUAGGGUGUGUUUGCACAUGUCACUGGGGCCUGAGUCCCUACCUCACACAUGGUAGGUGGUAGGCAGUCUUCUACCACUGAAUCACACUGCCAUCUCCACCUUGCUUUUCCCCCAACCACUGCCUCUUUUUUUUUGAGACCAGGUCUCCACUAUCUUGUCUAGGCUGGCCUGUGACUCCUGGACUGAGGUGAUUCUCUCAACACCUUAAACUUCACUCUAGUGGGAGGCUCAGCUAACUCACAGAGAUCCACCUGCCUCUGCCUUCCAAGUGUAGGGAUUAAAGGUGUGUGACACCAUGCCCAGAAAAACAGUUUCUUGGUUUGUUUGUUUGAGACAGGGUCUUUCUAUGUAACCCUGACUGUCCUA